AUGCCAUUAAUAGCUUUAAUUUCUUUGUUUAUAUGGCUUUCACGUUUGGAUAUCUCGACGACUUUGUGGAACCUUUCGGCUAUACCGUGGUAUUGUGAUCAACAAUGUUACAGUAUGAUAAAUGAGACACAGAUUAGUAGUGCCGGAUGUUUGGAACGAAAUGUCACCACCGAACAUAUCUUCAAAAUGUUUAACAUUGAUAUCACUAAACCGAUUUGUUUCAAACGUCCUAAAUUUCGACAAAAUGUUUGCUUGAAAUUAGUGAAAGGGAAAUAUUUCAUUGGUACAUGUGACAUAAAUGUUAUUGAUCGCAGGAUAAGCUGCAGGAAAUCAAAUGAUCGCAUGUCAUGGUAUCGCGGAAUGCAGUCCGUCUCUUUUUCUGGAAAAAGUUGCUUACGUUGGGAUGAAGUAAAUUCAACUUUUCAAUCGACCGAUUUCAGUAGUCAUUUUGGUCCAUCUAUAAGAUAUACUUCAAUAGAAUUGUCAACUGGAAUGCAUUCUUUGGAAAAUUAUUGUCGUAAUCCGGAUGACUGGCACAUGGGGCCAUGGUGUUUUGUAAUGGGUGAAUCUCGAAUUCGACGAGAAGCAUGUUUCAAGCAGUGUGAGGCAUACAAUCAUCCGGAAUUUUGUCUUGCAAAAAUGUUUUUUCCAUACAUGCUGCCAUCAAUGCCAUUAUUCAAUGGUGCGCCAAUCGUUGAAACCAAUAGUGAAUCUAUUAAAGACCUAAGCGAUAUCAUCGAUGUGCUAAAUGUCGUACGUAUCAACUCUCAAAUUAGGCCAAUGUUCAUCCCAACCUAUUUCAACGAUUACAUCCGAAAUUAUCCUGGUGAUAUUUCCACACGUCUUCGUUGCUAUCAGACAGGAGUACAAACACGAAUCGCUGGUCCGUGGACAUAUUCAGAUGCCGAUGAUCCAUUUCCAGAACAACAUUACUGGUAA